CCCCCCUUCCUCUCCCGUCUCCCAGUUUCUCCAGCUGGAAUCUGUUGCGCGCCUUGUCUCCAAAAAAAAGGAGAGCUGGCUAUAUUUGUCUCUCUCCAGAAAUCUCCCAAACCCCAAGAAAUCUGCAAGAAAAGGAGGGGUGGGGAACCUGGAAGAGGAGGCUUGGGGUGGUCUGGCUUAGCCCCCCCUACCCACAAGCUUUAGGGGCGGGGGAGAAAGAGAGAGAGAAAGAAAGAAAGAAAGAAGGAAGGAAGGGGAGAAAGACCUUUCCGAGUAUGUGCAGUCAAAGGAAGGCAUUUUAUUAGUAUUAUUCUUUCUACAAACAAGCUGGAUCUGAGCAUUUCGCUUCCUUCCCACGCCCGGAGGAGCUCGGCCAGUAUCCCCAACAUGGCAGAGGCAACGGUGAUGGUUUGGACUGGGAACUGAGGACCGGUCCCGGGAGACGCGAAGACUCCGGCUCCGGCACACUCUGGAAGGGACAGGCGCCGGAGACCACAUCACCAUGCCCGAGGGAGCCCGCAGGGGCAGCACCAAGAGAGGCGGCAAGGCAGCAGCAUCCCGGCCCUCGUCCGUCUCCUCGCUGAGUGGUCUCGGCUCCAGCAUGGCUUCCGACCCCAUCUUGGGCAGCUGCACCUCGGUCAACACGGUGUGCUCGGACAGCGACCGCCCCGUCAGCCUCAGCUCCUCGGCGUCAUCCGCCUCGCUGCCGGACAGCCAGAGCGCCUUCGGCAGCAGCGGGGGGCUGGGGGGCUGCCCCCCGCCUUACCCGCAGCACCAGAACGGCAGCGACAUCAGCCUGGACCUCACGCCGGUGGCCCUGCUGGACAGGGCGGGGGAAGCCCAAGUGGGCCCGGGUUGGUCGCCGAGUCCGGGCAGGGCCAGAGAACGCCGGAUGAAGCUGUCUCACCUGGACCGGGUGGUGAUGGAGAUCGUGGAGACGGAGCAGUCCUAUGUCCGGGACCUCAGGAGCAUCGUGGAGGACUACCUGGGCUGCAUCAUCGACUGUGGACACCUGCCGCUCAAACCAGAACAAGUCAGCGCCUUGUUUUGCAACAUUGAAGAUAUCUAUGAGUUUAACAGCGAACUUCUGGAAGACAUGGAGCGGAACAGCAGCGCCGAGGCUGUCGCAGAGUGCUUUGUUCAAAGGAGUGAAGAGUUCGAUAUCUACACCUUGUACUGCAUGAACUACCCCAACUCAGUCUCGGUGCUGCGGGAAUGCAUGGAGAACGACUCCCUGGCCAAGUUCUUCCGCGAGAGGCAAGCCACUCUGUCACAUUCGCUGCCCCUGGAGACGUAUCUCUUGAAGCCCGUCCAACGGAUCCUGAAAUACCAUUUGCUGCUGCAGGAACUGGCAAAGCAUUACGACAAGAGCAGUCCCGGCUACGAUGCCGUGGAAGAGGCGAGCAUCACCAUGACGGCCGUGGCUUGGUACAUCAAUGACAUGAAGCGCAAGCAGGAACACGCCAGCCGGCUGCAGGAGAUCCAGAGGCAGCUAGUUGGCUGGACAGGCCCAGAGCUGGGGGCUUUUGGAGAGCUGGUCCUGGAGGGGCAGUUCCGGGUUCCACGGGCACGCAAGGAGAGGGUCUUCUUCCUCCUCAGCAAGGUGAUCCUGAUCGCCAAGCGCCGCGGAGAAGCCUUCGUCUACAAGAGCCACAUCUUUUGCUGCAACCUGGCCCUGCAGGAGAACACAAAGGACCCCAUGAGCUUCAAAAUCUCUGACCUCUCCAUCCCCAAACAGCAGCACGUGGUUCAGGUGAGGAACCAGGAAGAAAAACGUCUGUGGAUCCAUUAUCUGAAGCGGUUAAUCGUGGAGAAUCACCCAGCAUCCAUCCCCCAGAAGGCUAAGCAAGUCCUGUUAGAGAACAGCUUCCAGGGCUCCCCAGAGGUUUUCUACAGCCCAAGGGCUCCCAAGAAGACCUUGCCUUCUACGCGGGUUGAUGAGUCCAUGGCGUGCAGCCGAAGCCGGCGGCAAUCGGACCCACCGGAGUUCAUGUAUAGCCCCGAACGAGCGCGGCGGAGCUGCCCCAUCUUGCAGCUGGAGAAGACCGGCUCCUAUCGCCGUAGCCGCAGACAGUCUGACGUGGCCAAGAUAAAGCACGCUGACAGCGAUGGAGAGCUCUUCCCAGCCACCGAGCCCCUCCAGCCGCCUGGCACCUCCUGCCCGGUGACGUCCAGUGGGGCGGAGGUGGACGCAGAGGAGUCCGACCAGGACGAAGGGGAGGCGGUGUUCUCUCUGGCCGGAGAGCCAGUCCCCGCCAAUUUGUCCAUCACGGAAGAAAUCCUGGAACUGCUCAGCCAACGGGGCCUGGAUGGAGAGUCGGGAAGGGACGGGCUAAUUUUGGGAGAAGAGAGGCCAGAGGAUCAGCUCCUGAGAAGCGAUACGUUAGAGGAGCUGGAGGAGAAGGCAGAAGAGGAGGCAGAGGAGGCAGUGGAAGAACAUGGAUCAGAGGGGGAAGAGGGCCCCCAGAGAGACCCGGUCCAGGAACAGCCGCCUCCGUUGCCUCGUCAUCCCUUCACCAGCGACUCCUCGGAGGAAGAGGAGCAACGGGAGGAGUCCGCCGGUCCAUCUCCUCUCCACGUCCUGGAGGACUUGGCCUCGGAGGAGGCAGGCAGGAAGCCAGGAGAGGGUGGGAGAAGCCCACCCCCCGAGGAUCCUGGCCCAUUGAAGCAGCCGCCGCCAUGCGCCCAAAGCUCGCUGGGCCGAGACCAGAAGGCGGAGGGCGGAGCCAAGCAUGACUCCACCUUGACGAAGGAUGACUGGCUGCUGAUUGAGAAAAUCAAGAGCUACUACGAAGGGACAGAGGCUACAAACAAGGUGCCAGGUCUGAGCAAGGUGGAGGGCGCUCCUCCGGUGCCCGCCGGCGUGGUGCGAGAGUCCGUCCUUCGCUUCAACAGCAUCUUGCGGCAGAACGAUGGCCGGGACUCAGAAGUGGGUGGGGGCAAGAUGGGGAAGCUCCGCCCACAACUGGGCCAUGCGAGUCGGAGCAGGAGCCAGUCGUGUAACACCCAGCCGCCUUUCUGCCACGAGGAUCCCAACGAGGGGCGGAGCCAUCUGCCCGCAAGCCCCGAAUGUUCCAAGAGGGGGAGGAGCCGCUCAGACGGCGGCCAAUCGCCAGGCGGCUCUGAAAAUUCCGCUGGUGGCGAGGCCCAAUCGCCCCGGGCCUGCUACGAGGAUUCUGAGAAGGGGCGGAGUCUGCCUGGGAGAACCCAGUUGGGCACCGCCCAUGACGUUUCCGGAAGGACUGGAAGUGGGUGUGGCGAGGAGGAGGAGCCUACAGGGCCCGAGUUCAAAUCCUGUGCAGAGAUCCGGAGGGCUUGGCAGGAGAAGGAGCGGAGCGCUCUGGACACCCUGAAGAAAGGGGGCAAGGGGGCAGGCAAGGAGUUGCCCUCCUCCCUAGAGACGCCAGUUUACGCCGAACCCUUGUGCAUCGUUGAGGAUUCGGACUUGGAGGAACCGCACUCGGUUCCGAGCAGAGAUCCGGAGGAAGAAGCCCACGGUCUGGGGGCGAAGGAGAGGCAGGCAGCUUUUGUGGGCGAUGGAUCUCGGGGCUACCUGCCCUCCCUGGACCUCUACGAGAGCAACGGGGACCCGUGUCUGCUGGAGAACUCUGAGCGCAUCAUCAGCAAGGUGCAGGCCUUGGCGAAAAUGUACAGCGAGAAAAUCAGCCGCCUGAAAGCUCAGGGCAGGGGGCUGGAGAGGCCCCGGGCUCCCCACCGGAGGACCCUCAGCAGGAGUCUGGCCGGGGUGCAGGAGGGGAAGCAAGGAGCUGCCAUCCCCCACUGUGAGCCACGAAUCUACGGCCACGUUCUCAUCCACGAGCCCCUGCAGCACGUGGUCCAAGUCCAGGAGAACACAAUGCUCGCUGCUGCCACCCGGGGGACGGCCCUGGAGCUGCGUGCUGAGACGCCCCGCCCGCUUCUCCCCCCAGAACUCCUGGGUCCACUGCGACAGGAACUUCUGUGCCCCAUAUCCCAGCCUUCGUGCGUUGGGUCUGACGCCUUGCCACCCACCGGUAGGGAGGAGCUCCCAGAAGGCAAGCAAAGCAGAGGAGGGCCAGGAAGCCCCAGACACUCCCUGUCGCCUGGCCCUGCUGUGGAUCCCCUCGCCAAAGAGGCAUGCAAGUUGGGGGGUGCUCCUCUGCACCCCAAAUGCGUAACCGAGAGAACGCUUGGAGCCAUGGACGCAGAGGAAACCACGUCUGCAUCAGAGCCGUCCGGGGAGAUGGAAGAGGCAAAGCAGCUAUCUUCUGGGCCUGGGAUGCAGCCAGCGAGUGCCGUAGGAAAAGGAGUGCCCAGCCGUUCCCAGGCGUCCCAGAGACUCACUGACCUGGAGACUGGAAACUCCUCUGUCUUUCCAGGCUUUGUAGAGGAACCGAAGCCCAGUUUGCCCAGUUCUCCAGCUGCUCCCCCAGCAGAGCAGGCCUCCCGGCAGAACCAGCAAAAAGCCCCCUCCCAUACAAGCUCUGGGCUGCAACUGUCGGCAGCCGCCAUUUCAACAGGAAAAGGCUCAGCACCUUUCCUGGAGAACGAUAAAGUCGAUACGGAGCUGGUAGCUUCAAACAACGAUUCUUUCAAAACACUGCCCAGGGUCCACAGAACUGUGGCCCUGGAUUCCACCCCAAAGGCCACAGCGCUCCUUCCGCCGGCUUCCUCCGGCCCCACAGUGGCCCCACUGCCAAUGCCCCGCAGCAUGGAGGAUUGCCCCAUCCAAGAAUCCCCUUCCCCAACCCGGCCCGAUUUCCAGGUGGCACCAGAGCCUCCGGUCUCUGCCCAACAGCAGCGCGCGCCGGCCCCGCUCCCGAAGCUUCUCCCAGCCUCUCCGGUCCGCAGGUGCCUCUCCUCGAGCGCGGCGGCCAUUUCCAGGUACAUUGCGGCUUCUUGCAUCAGCCAGAGCCUGGCCCGGAAAAACGGCGGCCCUCCGCACGAGGAGAUGCAGGUGCCGUUCCCGCCUCCCACCUCUGGGCCAACCCUCCCGAGACCCCUGGCAAACCCUUUGGCUCUGCUCCCCAAGGGGGCGCCCAGGGCCCACACCAACAUGGGGAAGGCAGAGGGCUUGUUUCCGAGAGACGCACCUCCGGCCACUUCCCACUGUUUCGGGGCCCUCUCUCCUCCCCGCCGCCGAGCCUUGUCUGUCAAAGCCCAGGCCUUCGAGAACGGCGUCCCCUUCUCCGCCUCUGAGCCCAACUCCAGGGUGCAGUCGCCCUGCCCCGUAAAGCCCAGAGUCUGCUCCCCGCCUCCAAGCGGGCCCGGGGUCUGCAGCUUUGCCCCCUUGUGCGCCCACCCUGCUGGGCAGCCGCCCGCCCACAUCGCCUCCCCGGUGCCGUUGGUACCAGACUGUGCCACGAGGCCGUCCGCGUUGCCUCCUUUGAGGCCGCGGGGAAACAGCCUCCCCAGUGGCGGGCUGGUUGAGAGCCCGGCUGUAAAUGGGGACCAGGUGCCGCUAAGGUGUGCCAAGGGCGCUCCCCACAACUUGCCCACUCCCCUGCCCAGAGGCUCCCCCGGAUCCCACGAAAUUGGCAGCAUCAAGUGGCCGAACGUGCCAGGCCUGUGUCUGAAGUACGUGGGCAGGGAGUGCCGGCCGAGCUCCCAGAGGAGGCUGUUGGAGGGAGAGGACUGCCCCGAAUCGGACUCCCCCAUAGGCACGGACCCGGCGCAGCUCUCCGAGAAGAGCCAACAGAGGGCCAGUUACUCCACUACGGUGAAUAUCCAGAUUGGUGGCAGCGGUAGGAUCGCCUCCUUCAGCAACGCCCAGGUCAGCUUGACCCACCCGCUGCUGCCCACCCCGGAGCAGCCGAGCGUCAGGAAGGUCAACGGCAGUGCCUUAGAGGGGGUGCACAAAACGUGAACUUUCCGGGGUCUGCUUCUGGGUCCUGCCCAGGGCUAGGACCAAGCCCUACCACUGCGCCCAGGGAGGGGGGUGAGUAGGCAGGGGUGGCGGGAGAGUUUAAGGGAGACGAAUUGUGGGUGUGCAUUCCAAAAGAUCAGCAACACAAAACAGCUCCCUUUCCGCCCCCAGUCGGAAAGGGAUGUGAAAAGAGGGGGACUGGAAAUGCCACAGCGAAAUGUGAUCCGCUUUCCUCCUUCCCCUCUUUGAACCUCACUCUGUUGGGAAUGAAUAAUUCGUCUGGGUUUGAGUCCAUUUCAGUUCAUUGGUAGCAGCAGGAAAGGUGAGUUUUGUGCCGAAACAAUUGGGGUCACUGUUUCAUUGUAUGUGUGGGGGUGUGUGUGUGUAAUUUUCUUAUGUUUCUCGCCCCACUACCCUGCCUUUCUCCCCCCCCCAGAUUUACGACAGGUACCGGUGGGUUUUUGUUUUAGAAGAGAUCCAGAGUUCCCCGUAAAGACAUAUUACUUGUUAAACCACUGUACAGCCACAUUCGCCUUGUACAUUUAAAGCGCUAUGCUGCCCCUUUAAACUGUCAUGGCUUCCCCCUCCCGUACAGAAUUCUGGGAGCCCUAUUCUGCAAUGGGUGCCCAGAGUUGACAGGAGACCCUCAUAUUUCCCUCCCGGAGCCACAAUUCUCCCUGGGAACUGUAAUCUACUGUUCUGUUGUCAUGAGACAACAAAUCUUCCUCUUAUCCCUCUGCGACCUUGCAUAAUUUUACAAAUGCCUACACAGACUCUUAAUCCUUGAUAUCUCAGUUGCCCCCUUCUGACCAUUUGCCAGCUCUGGAUUAUUUAUUUUUAUUUUCUGAGGCAAGCGGAACAGCAUUCCAAAUGUGGCUGUGCCGUAGACUUCCAUAAACUGGCAGUACAGUGUUACCUCGACUUACGAACUGUAGAGAGUGAUUUGCAAAUUGUAUUAUUGAGCUAGAUCUGAUCCUAUAGUUUGUAUUGCUUGCAUUGUAUGAAUUCUGACUGUAUAGGCUGUAGCCCUGGGAUGUCUUGCGUAAAAUGCUUUUUCCUUUGCCUCGGCAACCAAAUUUUUCAACUUACGAGUGGGGCAAAUGGCCGCACGCUUACGAAUUUCUCGACAUCUGAACGGAAACCGCGGAGGUUUUAGAUAGGGGUUUUUCAACUUACGAAGUUUUAAAUGGGGUUGCUUCGACUUACACAUUUUUCCAUUUCCAAUGCAUUCCUAUGGGAAAUCGCGUUUCCAAUGGCACUUUUCAACUUACGAAUUUUUUGACCUACAAAGGUACCUUCGGAACAGAUUAAAUUCGUAAGUCGAGGCACCACUAUAUAUAGCAUCGCCAGUUUCGUUUGCACUCGGACUCCUGAUAAAACAGGAUUCGCCUUUCUUUGCAGUCGCUGCCCAUCAAGCCGACAUUUUCAUUGAGCUGCCCGUCAUCCUAGAAUCAUGGAGUUGGGUGGGACCCCCAAGGGUCCUCUAGUCCAAUCCCCUGCAAUGAUGGAGGAAUACUACUAAAGAAUCCCUGACAGAUGGCCACCCAACCCCUGUUUCAAAAUCUCCAACGAAGGAGAAUAGCUCUUACCGUCAGAAUGGUUUUCCUAACAUUUAGUUGGGAUCAUGACCUUGAACUUCUGUUUACCCAGGGCUUUUGGGAAGCCCAAGUAUAUGGUGCGUUCCUACCACAACAGCCCAUUCCAUCCCCACAGACUUGUUGGCACUGCCAAAGAACUCCCAAGAAGUUGGUGAAAGACAGGGCCGUCUUAAGCAGGUCGGGCGCCUGGGCGCCAUGGUGCGUGAAUCGCUCCGGUGCCCCCAUCCCGCCCCGUUUCUUCCCACAGCUGGUGGGCGGGUGCAGCGUGGUUUCCAUGCGGCUUCGUCGUGCAGCGCCCCCCUGCUGACCCGGCGCCCUGGUGCCCCGCGCCACCCAGCCUACCCCAAGAGCCGGCCCUGGUGAAAGAAGGAGUUUCCUUUGCGGAAGCCAUGCUGAGCCUUCCUUCCUUCCUUCCUUCUACGUAUAUCCUUAAUGAUGCUCUCUUUAAUAAGGCUUUCCACCAAUUUUCUAAGGGGCAAAUGUUAAGCUAAUGGAUUUAUAAUUAUCUGUCCCCCUCUGCUGCUCCCACCAAUACCUUUUAAAAAAUAAAAUGGUAUUGCCUUGCCUAUUUUCCCACCCUCCAGCAAAGAGUUGGCUUUUACUGCCAUGAUUUCAGCAGCCAAAUCUAUCCGUUUUCAUUGAGAUCAGCUGGUUCACUUUUCAGUCAAAGGGCUGCCAUUCUCUGCAGACUUGUGAAUUUUUCAUUUCUCAGUUUGCCCUAGAACAUCAUCUCUGAUCUUCUCUGUCUACUUAUUUCUUCAGACAUUACCCCCGUCCCCUGGAAGAAGAAGGGGGGGGAAGGUGUGGGUGUCUGCCCAACAUCUUCCACUGAUUGUGAAAAGAAAGGCAGGUCAUUCAUUCAUAGAAUAACGAAAUAGUAGAGUCGGAAGGGACCCCCAAGGGUCAGCUAUUCCAACCCCCGGCAAUGUAUGCAUCUCUGCAAUCUCUCUCUCCCUUUUUUAUUUUAGCACACCUUCCACUCUGUUGUCAUCCAUUUCCCUGGACAAUUCCCUGCAUUUCCAAAAAUGUUUCUUCACAUAACAGUUUUAGCAAGAUGUUCCUCAAAUUAUUCCCCGCCCCAUCCCAAAUCAUACGGUAUCAUCAACUUACACCCGCUGUGCCAGUUUUGUUCCCCUUUGGCCAAGACCUGGUGCCUUUUUAGAGCAUCCUUGUUAGCCACGCUGGCCUCCUCUGAGAUGUCGUCAUUUCUCCUGGCUUACAGCCUAGCUGAGCUUCUGUUCUGGUUUUAAAUAACCUCCAAGAAUCCUUCAGAGAUUGGACCCCACCUUGACUUUCCCUUCCAAGAAGUCCCCCUGGUUUUUGAGACAUUUUCAAACGGGUUCCUCUUUAGAACCCGCGCCGGUUGCUCUUCUUGCCAGCGUAACGCCCGAUCUCUUACAUUUGCAUGGCUCUUUCUGUUCUCCUUUGCGAUGAUCUCCUGCGCCAUCUGGCCCUGUCGUGCAGGACAGCCAAGAAAACACCCCAGAUUUCCUCUGUUAGGAACUGACUGAUGUGUCAGUGUUCUCCACCCACCCCCAAUUGUGGAAGCAGCUAGCAGGGGAAUUUCAAGGACUAAAAGCAUCUUCAUGCCAGAGGCAGCCUAGGGCCUCCAUCGACUCAGACCCCAGUCCAGCUAGUUGUGGUGGUGGAAGUAGACCAAAGUUCCUGAUGCCCUCCAGAUGUCCCCCACAUAAGAACACUAGAAGACCCUUGCUGGAUCAGGCCAGUGCCCCAUCUAGUCCAUCAUCCUGUCCUUGCAGUGGCCAAACGCCCCUAGGAACCCAGGAAUCUAGAUAGACUGCCUCUGGAGCUGGGGGCUCCAUUAGAAACUCAAGAAAGAGCCUUGCCGCUGGAUCAGGCCCAUGGCCCUUCUAGUCCAGCAGCCUGUUCUCACAGGGGCUGGCCAGAUGCCUUUACUGGGAAACCCACAAGCAGGAUUCAAGCACAAGAGCACCCCUCCCCCCUCCUGCGGUUUCCAGCCCCCGACUGUGGAGGCAGAGCUAUGAUGGCUAGUAGCCAUCAGGAGCCCUCACUGUGCCCUCCAUGCUUUUGCCUGGUCUUCCUUUAGAGCAGGCACCCCCAAACUUCGGCCCUCCAGAUGUUUUGGACUACAAUUCCCAUCAUCCCUGAUCACGGGUCCUGUUAGCUAGGGAUCAUGGGAGUUGUAGGCCAAAACAUCUGGAGGGCUGCAGUUUGGGGAUGCCUACUUUAGAGCCAUCCAAUUUGGUGAAUCAUCGCUACCUCCUGCGGGAGGGAGUUCCAUAGUUCAUUGGGCGAAGAAGCAAUGUCCAGAGACCUCUGGAGGAGCCCAGGUUGGAGAAGGGUGAGCUAGCUAGAAA